AUGGUUUCAACAGCAGGACAGGAUGUACUUAAGAUUGUGAAGGUAGAGGAAGGUCCUCUCUGGGACCAAGAAAGCUAUCCUCCAGGGAACAGCUUUUCUGGCCAAGAGACUCCUGGGCCUUGGAGAGCUCUGAGCUGGCUACAUGAGCUCUGCAGACAGUGGCUGCAGCCUGGGGCCCACACCGAAGAACAGAUCCUGGAGCUGCUGGUGCUGGAGCCAUUCCUGGCCAUCCUGCCCAAGGAGCCGCAGGCCUGGGUGCAACAGCAGAGCCCACACAGUGGGGAGGAAGCAGUGGCUAUGCUUGAAGAUCUGGAGCAAGAGCUUAUCUUUAAGGAGUACCAUAGGAGAUCAGAUGAGAGCCGAGAGUUAUCAGUCAGGUCUUUGACCCUGGAGGAUGGAAAGGCUGCAUCAACCCCUGCUGAAGAAAGACAAUGCAGGUGCAAUGAAUGUGGGAAAAGCUUCACUCAGAGCUCAAGCCUCAUUCAACACCGGAGAAUCCAUACCCGGGAGAAGCCACAUGAAUGUAAAGAGUGUGGGAAGGCCUUCAACCAGAAAUCAGGCCUGAAUGAACAUCAGCGGAGCCGCACUGCAGAGAAACCUUAUCAAUGUAAGGAGUAUGGAAAAGCCUUCAGUACCUGCAGUGAUCUCAUUAGACAUGGAAGAAUCCACAGAGGGGAAAGGCCCAAUGAAUGUGAAGCAUGCAUUAUCUGCCUUAUCUCACGCCUUGUCCAAUAUCAGCAGAUACACACUGGAGGGAAGCGCUAUCAGUGUACCGAGUGUGGCAAAGCCUGCCUUCAUUCAGAAUGCUGGACUUUUCAGCAUCUUCGUAUCCACACUGGUGAGAAACCUUAUCAGUGUCGUCAGUGCAAUAAAAGCUUUAGUAGCCGGGCACGCCUUAUGAAUCCCAGAGAAGCCACACUGGAGCGAGCCCUUACAAAUGUGAGAAGUGUGGGCAAGGCUCCAGUCAUCACUGGAACCUCACUAGGCAUUUUAGAGCACGUACAGUUGCUGAAUUGGACUCAUCCUGUGGACUUGCAGUCCUUUUAUGUGAGGGGGUUCAGUAAAGAAACUGCCAACAUGACAGCUCCAUGA